AUGUCCCGCCCGGCCGCCUCGUCCCCAUUCCCGACAACCCGCCCGACGAAUUGGAAGCACCUCGCGCCGCCUCCCCGCCCCGGACCGACAUUUGCGGCUCAAGCGGCCCUCCCCCGCCUGCCCGUGCCUGCGCUGGCAGACACCGCGAAGAAGCUGAAGGAGAGCCUGCAUCCCAUCGCGUGGAGCGAGCAGGAAUACGCGGAGGCCGCGGCGAAAGUCGACGCGUUCGUGAGCAGCGAGGCCGGGCAAGAGCUUCAGCGACGCCUCGAGGCUCGCGCGGCGGAACCGGAGAGGCCGCAUUGGCUGGAGGAGUGGUGGGAUGACCUCGGGUACAUGGGCUACCGCGACUCGGUGCAUGGAUUCAAGGAGCAUCCUUCUCAUUUCCCGAAAACACCUCUUCACCGCGCUGCGUCUCUAGUCCGUGCAGUAAUGCUCUUCCGCGAGCAGUACAAGCUCGGUCAAGUCCCCCCAGAAGCGACGAAAGAAGGUCCGAUCUGCAUGGACACAUGGAGGUGGAUGUUCGAUUGCUGUCGCAUGCCUGGGCCCACGCACGACUGGGCCGUGACACACGCCAAAGAAGGCGAUGAUGGCCGUUCAGGUCAUGUCGUCGUUCUCCACAAAGGACGGGUGUGGAAGCUCGAGCCUUGGCAGAACGGCUCGCUCCUCUCCUUAGAUGAGCUGCAAAGGCAAAUCCAACACAUUUAUGAUAACACUACAAAGGAAUACCCCGGUGUCGGCAUACUCACCGCGUCAAAUCGCGAUGUGUGGUUCAAGGAUUUCCAUGCCCUGGCUGAAGACCCGCUGAACGCCUCUAUCAUCUCCACCAUCCACUCCUCUGCCUUCAUACUCUGCCUGGACUCAGAGUCUACUUCCUCUUUGGACGACGUCUCGCGCCAGCUCUGGCACGGAGCCCACGGUCCGCAGCUAGGCCUCCGCAAUCGCUGGAUGGACAAGCCCUGCCAGUUUGUAGUGCUCCCUAAUGGCGUCGCCGGCUUCGUCGGCGAGCACUCGGUCAUGGACGGCACGCCCACCGCGACGAUGUGCGACCGCGUGCUCGACAUCGUGGCUUCCCCCGCAUUCGCCUCGUCGUCCUCCGAAACCAAGUCGGCGAUGACUGCCGCGACCGACGCCGCGCGCACGCUCAUCGACUCGCAAAGCCUCGCGGUUGUGCGUACGGCGUACGGCAAGGCACUCAUCAAGCGCCUCGGGGCCUCCCCCGACGGCUGGUCGCAGAUGCUCAUCCAGCUCGCGUACGCACGCCUGCUCCGCGCGCGCGGCGAGCAGCGUCAGGGUGCCACGUACGAGGCCGCGGCGACGCGCAGGUUCUUCAAGGGCCGCACGGAGGCGAUCCGGAUCGUGAGCGCGCAGAGCGACGCGUGGGUGCGGAGCAUGGACGACGCGGGCGCCGCGCGCGAGGCGCGGCUCGCGCUCUUCAAGGACGCGCUGAAGAAGCACGGCAGCGACGCGCGCGCGGCGGGGAGCGGGCUGGGCGUCGACCGGCACAUUCUCGGCUUGAAGAUGUCUAUGAAGGCCGGCGAGCCCGCCCCUGAAGUCUUCGCAGACUCGGUCAUCAAGCGCGCGGCGUACUGGGUGCUCAGCACGUCUGCGAUCUACACGAAGAACUUCGGGCCGUACGGGUGGGGCGAGGUCGUGCCCGACGGCUUCGGGGUCGCGUACACCGCCGGCUUCGACGACUUCCUCCAGUUCACGGUCACCAGCCGGACGGAGAUGCCGCACGCGGAGUUCUGCGCGGAGCUCGAGCGCGCGGCGGAGGACAUGCGGGCGAUGUUCGAGGAGCCGGCCACGAAGUCAAGGCUGUGA